CCCAGAAAGUCUGGCCCACGAGGGAAUUGAUAUUUUCACUAUCUGAUAUAUCUAGGUAAAUGGUCUUUUCUUGCCCUUUUUUCCUUUUCUCCUUUACCUUGUCUCUUUUACCGUGAUGAGACUUCUUCUGUUCCUUCCGUUGUAUGAUUGUAUUUGCGAGCAUGCAUUCAUAACUACUCCGGAAGGACUCGUUGCUUUUUGAAUCUGGCAUAACAAAUCGGGAAUAUUUCGCUUGGAAUAAGAAUGGAUCCCUCACCUGCAGCAACAGACAUCUUGGUCCUGAUAUGGGUUCUAACAGCUAUCUCGUUGAUCAUGGUUGCCUUGCGCGUCGUGGCAAAAGUGAGGAUCAACCAAUUCAGGAUGGAUGAUAUCCUAAUGAUACUCACUUUGAUCCUGAGUAUCGUCGCCGCAGCGUUUAACACUACCGGAGUCAAAUAUGGCUACGGCCAUCCAGAUGCAACCGUCCCUGAACCCGAUGCGUCGCUGGCCCGGAAGAACUACCUCUUCGGACUGGCCGUGCUUAUCGUUUGCACAGCUCUAGGACGUGCCGCCUUCGUCUUAUACCUGCUGGCCAUCCUAGGCAACCAGAAAUGGCACCGUAUCAUCCUGAUUGCGCUUGCUGUGAUGGAGGUCGCUUUCAAUCUGGUUUCUGUCAUCUUGAUCUUUGUUGACUGUACACCCUCGGCAUCGCUGUGGGAUUAUUCAAUUCCAGGAAAAUGCUCUUUGGAUGCACUUCAACUCAACUGGGGCUAUUUCCAGAGCAUAUUCAAUGUUUUUGUCGAUCUUUAUCUAGCUGUGGUUCCCACGUAUAUAUUUUGGCACCUCAAGCUCAAAUUAGCCGUAAAACUCGGUUUGAUCGCACUCAUGAGCUGUGGCCUAGUGGCUAUGGCAGCCGCACUCGCAAAAACAGUCCAGCUUCACGAAAUCAACAAUGGAAUAAUAGGUGGCACCAUGAACCUCAUCCGCUGGGGCUAUCUAGAAGCACAUCUAGUAAUCAUCACCGCAUCUGUACCUUGUCUUCGCUCACUCAUCCUUUCCGGUUUCCAUUUCAUGACCAGCAGUGGACAUGGAGGAUCACGCUCGUACGAAUUGGGAGGCACGGGCGCUUUCACGGGGACGACUCGACGAGGGACUACCACAAUCACAACAGUUCAUGAUACUUCCACUCAACGGAGGACCGACUCACGGCUACGGAAUAUGCUUUCUAGCAACAGGAACAACAAUGUCAAUGACGAUGGGGCUAGCGGGCACCAUAUACUCGAGAGUCGUCAUAGUAUUGAUGCUGUGAAAUCUAGUGAAAGUACACAGGACUUGAGGUCUGGACAGAUGGGUAUUCAGAAGCAGGUGGAUGUGACUAUUACCAUGCACGAUGAUUCGCCAGAUGAGAAUGGGGGAUUUAGGCAAUGAUUACUUACAUAAUGUAUAUUAUUAA